GAACACACAAUGGCCAAGAAAGCCAAGUCCCGCACGAUUGCCGUGCGCCUCGUGUCCAUGGCUCUCACCGGCUACUACAAGACUAUGAUCCGACCGCGUACGCAUCGCCCACUGAGCAUGCUGAAAUAUGAUCCCGUCGUGCGAAAGAAGGUCCUUUUCCUAGAGCAGAAGCGCGGUGGACGGUAAUGAUCGAUUGCUUGGGUUCGAGACAGGACACGAUUCGAGAUCGAGAAUACGCAUGCCGAGCGGUCAAUGGCAUACCGGA